AUGCAGUUGCUACUGCAAACAUUGUGCAUCCUCCUUACACUGGAGAAGACACUCUGCUCCCUUAAACUGAAAACCAAGAAUCCCGAAGCCAAUAUGAAUGUUAGCGAGGUGAUUUCCUACUGGGGUUAUCCAAGUGAAGAGUAUGAGGUUGUGACAGAAGAUGGUUACAUCCUCUCAAUUAACCGAAUUCCUUAUGGGAAAAAUGACUUUGGUAAUUCAGAACCAAAGCCAGUAGUUUACUUGCAACACGGAUUUAUAGCAACGUCUGGCAGCUGGGUUGCCAACCUUCCCAACAACAGUCUGGGCUUCCUGCUGGCAGAUGCUGGUUAUGAUGUGUGGAUGGGAAAUAGUAGAGGCAAUAUCUAUGCCAGGAAACAUGUGUACAUGGACCCUAAUUCUAAGGAAUUCUGGGCAUUUAGUCAUGAUGAAAUAAUAAAAUAUGAUCUUCCAGCCACCAUUGAUUUCAUUCUUCAGAAAACGGGACAGAAACAAUUGUACUAUGUCGGUCACUCCCAGGGAACUAUUAUUGCAUUUGGAGCAUUUUCAUCCAAUCAACAACUGGCCCAAAAAAUCAAAAUCUUCUUUGCAUUGGCUCCGUUUUGUACUGUCGGAUACACAACAAGUGUUCUUCGGCUCUUUGCAUACAUCCCACCAACAGUGUUCAAGAUACUGUUUGGUGAAAAGGACUUUUUGUCCCCCUCACAAGCCGACUAUAUUGGUCAGUUUAUCUGCCAGAAUAAACCAAUUGGAACCAUUUGUAAUAAUAUAUUUACGUUAUUUUUUGGAUACAAUCCAAAAAAUUUAAAUGAGAGCCGGAUGGACGUGUACUUGGGGCAGUAUCCAGCAGGAGCAUCAGUUCAAAGUAUGCUGCACUAUAACCAGCUUAUUAAUAAAGGUACAUUUCAAGCUUAUGACUGGGGAAGUCCACAUCUAAACAUGCAACACUACAAUCAAAUCACACCUCCAUUUUACAAGGUGGAGAACAUGAAGGUCCCGACUGUCAUGUGGAGUGGCGGACGGGAUACUUUGGCAGACCCAAUAGAUGUUGCAAAUUUAGAACGUAAUAUCCCCAAGCUCAUUUACCAUAAGAAGAUUCCUGACUACAAUCAUAUUGAUUUUGUAAUAGGCUUAGAUGCUUUUCAUCAAGUUUUCAGUGAAAUUUUAUCAUUCAUCAAUAAAGAUCAAUCACAUUGA